AUGGCGUCCUCGUUAUGGACGAAAGCGUCCAGGGUUGCAAGCGGGCGAACCUUCUUAUUGCUUUCCUUGCAUGGAAAGCAAACAUUCUCUCCUUCGGCCAUAAAACACACUGUCUCUUCAGCCCAGUUUUCCCUCAGUUCACGACAGCAGCAGUCUAAUGCUGCUACUGCACCUUUCACGUCUAUUCCGUCCCAACAUGAGCCUGCAGUAUCACCCCAGCCUACGGUGUCGCCCAUACCAGAUACUACGGAAGCAGUAAAUACUGGGCCCUCUUUCACUGACCUGAAGCAUUCCAUCUCACACGACACCCUCAAUGCGCUCACGGUCAAACCCUUCACUAUGACAAGCAUGACACCAGUUCAGGCUGAAGUCCUCACGCUCCUCCCAAAACUCGCAGAACCUUAUGAUCCUGAAAAUUGCGAAGUGUCAUCCCGUGAACCUCGCGAUCUUCUCGUGAAGGCUAAAACAGGCACGGGUAAGACUUUUGCAUUCCUGGUGCCCGCCGUUGAAGCCCGUAUGAAGGCCAUCGAUGCGUAUGGGAAGAAGGCAGUACGGGAUGCAGGGCUUGUAUCGGAUAAACAUAUCGAGGCACGGGCACAGCGUCAAUUCUCUCGCGAGCAUGUUGGAGCAGUCAUCAUAAGUCCUACCCGAGAACUAGCGACCCAAAUCGCUAACUCGGCCCUUAAACUAACUCAGCAUCACAAUUUCGAGGUCAGGCUUUUCGUUGGCGGUGCAAGCAAACGGAUGCAAAUGCGUGACUGGAUGAAGGGACGACGCGACAUUGUCGUUACUACGCCAGGUCGUAUGCGUGACUUGUUGGAAAACGAACCAGAGGUGGCCAAGGGAAUUUCGAGGUGUAAAAUGCUUAUCUUGGAUGAAGCGGACACACUUUUGGAUUUAGGUUUCCGUGAUGAUAUCGAUGCUAUCGCUGAGUAUAUGCCCAAAACUCCAGAGCGUCAGACUUUCCUAUUCUCGGCUACCGUGUCCCCUGCGAUUCAGCAGGUUGCUCGCGCAACGCUCGAUAAGAACCACAUCUUCAUUGACACUGUUCCGGAAAAUGAAUCGAAUGUACACGCUCAUAUUGCCCAGUACCACACUGUGUUACCUAAGGCAUCAGAUCAGCUUCCUCACGUUCUUCGUCUUGUCGCGCAUGACCAACUUACCAAUCCUGGAAAGUCAAAGAUAAUGAUGUUCUUCCCAACAACCAAGAUGACGCAAUUAUUUGCUACCUAUUUCAGGGAGUUGAGCAGGAAGGUUUUACCAGCAGGCAGACAAACAAGGGUUUACGAGAUUCAUUCCAAGAAGUCGAUGGAAUCGCGCACCACUACCUCAGAUAUGUUCAGGAAUGACAAGACUGGUGCUUCUAUCUUGAUAUCCUCAGAUGUCUCUGCCCGUGGUGUUGACUACCCUGGUGUAACACGCGUCAUACAAGUCGGUAUUCCUGCCGGCACCGAUCAGUAUAUUCAUCGUAUCGGCAGAACGGGACGUAAAGGUGGAACAAACGGUCGUGGGGAUCUUGUCCUCCUUCCGUGGGAGAUCGGUUUCUUGAGCUGGCAGUUGUCCGAGGUACCCCUGAAGCCCGUAACCACCAAUGAGCUGAAAUCGCAGAUCAAAGAUCUCUGCGCGAAGUACGAUGCCAAUCCCUCCGAAUUUUUCAAGGAUGUACCACCAAGCUCCGUCGCGCGCCUCCACCAAAGGGGCCGCUCUCCACCCCAACCUGUCACCAACUAUACCACCCCUAUAUCGCCUGCUGUUGGUGACAUAGACUCGACCGUAUCAGACCUAUUACAAAAUGUCGAUGAAGAAGCCGUCAAAGAAACGUUUACGUCCAUGCUUGGUUAUUACAUUGCGAAAAGCCCGGAGCUUCGUAUUCAGAAGGGCAACAUUAUCGAAGGGUGUAAAGAUUGGUGUGUAGAAGCCUGUGGGCUGCCUACACCUCCCUAUCUCUCGGAGUCGUUCCUAAAGAGACUCGGAUACUCGGACAACCGUACCAAACACUUUGGCAAACCUUCAAGAGAUAAGAGGUCGUCAAGCUCUGGCCCAUCAUGGGCUGGUAGGGGCAGCUUCGGGUCAAGAGAUCGCAACUCGAGAACGUCUAGCUGGGGAAGGGAUGACAAUCGCUCAGCCCAUGAUGACGAUUUCAAAUCUCGACCAAAUAAAUAUGGUAGCCAGCGUUAUAACCGAAGAAGUCCUGAAGAGGGCGAGUCUAGCUUUGAACCCGCUGGCAAAGAGGGAUUCAGCAGGCAAAGAACAACCUAUGGUCAGCGGGAUGGAGACUCAGGAAGGCGAGAGCGGGGCGUCGACUUUAAUAAGCGAGAAGGAAGCUUCGACAGAGGAGAUAGGUACAAGUCAAGGGACCAGGGAAGUAGUAGAUUUGGCGUACGACGUUAAUUACGCGGGGGCUUGCAAGGUUGUAUCAUAUACACACAUCUAUUUACAGUAAUCACUUGUUUUCGGUACUUCGCACUGAUAAUCAUAGAACAUCCACAACUCCCUU